AUGUUCCACAUUCCAGCCCCCACAUCUCGCAUCCCUGGGCCCAUGUUCAACGCAACGAUUCCCCACACACAUCAGUUCCACCCAUGCCACGUGGAGCGGAAAGCCAUAGCGGCCGUUCAAUCAGGCCAAUUUUCAAUAUGGUACCUCACCAAAUCCCUUGUCGGCACAGACAGAAGGCGUUGUCGCGCCACGCUCUUCAGCUUAUGCAGGCUAACGCCGCCUCCCAGCUCGCUUGUGAGCUUGCGACCCCGCAAUGUGCCGUCAGCAAGUAACGGGAGCUUUUUCUCCACCCAGGAUCGCGCGGAAGAACGCGCGGCGUAUUGGCGGAGCGUAGAGAGCGCUCGAGAUGGCGCGCUUCUGAUCGAUCCCUACGCUGCUCUGCUGGCCGCGGCGAAGCAGCAGAGAAAAGCAGAGGGAAAAGGAAAUGCGGGGAAUGAUCCGGGGGAGGCGGCGGUGGAGGCGGCGUCGUACCUGGUGGCGACGCGGUUCUUGGACGACGCGAUUGAAGAGGCGGUGGCGCAGCUGGUGGGCGGGGCGGAGGAGGUCCGCCAGGUUGUUCUUCUAACGGAUGGGUGUGACACGCGGCCGUACCGCAUGGCGUGGCCGCGCCCCAUGGUGCUGUUUGACGUGUCGCCCGCUGCGCCCUACACUGCCUGCCACAACCUCCUCCAUGAGGCUGGAGCGCGGCCAGCAUGUGGAUCAGUGGUGCGCCACGUGUCAGCUGACCUGUCCACCGGGGAGGACUGGCGGGAUGAAGGUUGGGGCGAGAAGCUGCAGAGGCUCGGGUAUAGAGGAGACAGGCCGAGCCUGUGGGUGUUGCAGGGCCUGCCCCAGCUGUCAGCGUCAGGCCUGAAGGCCAUUCUGGGCCACCUGCAAGGGCUGCUCAUGACAGGCUGCCAAGUCAUUGGGGAGCUGCCCUUGCACGCCAUCGCUCCCCAGGCCAUUGCGGGCACAGGAGAAUCAGGGUCACAAGAGGACCCUUCGGUUGCUGUGGCUGCUCUCUCCGCCCUCUUUGCCUCCCAUGGGCUUCUGGCUGAAGUGCAUUCAAAUGUCCCAGUCGCUGCCCUAAACAUGUCGAACAAACACCACGUUGCUGCUCAUCCGUGGCACGACUUGGAAAUCGGUCCAGAAGCUCCUACUGUCUUCAACGUUGUCGUAGAAAUCUCCAAGGGAAGCAAAGUCAAGUACGAGCUUGAUAAGAAGUCCGGCCUUAUCAAGGUCGACCGUAUUCUGUACUCUUCGGUGGUGUAUCCUCACAACUAUGGGUUCAUCCCGAGGACUCUCUGCGACGAUAACGAUCCAAUGGAUGUCCUCGUCUUGAUGCAGGAGCCAGUGAUUCCUGGAUGUUAUCUUCGUGCCAGGGCAAUUGGGCUUAUGCCUAUGAUUGAUCAGGGAGAGAUGGACGACAAGAUCAUUGCUGUGUGCGCCGACGACCCAGAGUACAAGCAUUUCAAGUCUAUUGACGAGCUUCCGAGGCACAGACUGCAAGAAAUCAAGCGUUUCUUUGAGGACUACAAGAAGAACGAGAAUAAGGAAGUCGCAGUCAACACUUUUCUCGGUGCCACAGAAGCCGUUUCAGCUGUGAAGAAAUCCAUGUAA